AUGUCUUCUCAUGUCAAGAAAAAGCGUGAAGAUUAUGAUCGAAAAUACUAUCAAAAAUUACAAUACAAACGUUUUAAAUCGGAAUUAUUUAAUUCAGAAUAUAUUCGAAAACAGAAUGCUAGGCAACAAAAAUGUAGACGAUUAAAGGCGGAAGCACAACAAACAUCAAUAAAUACAACUGAAUCAACAACAGCUACUGCUGAAGUACCAUCAGAUGCAGCUAAAUCAAUAACAGCUACUGCUCAAUCACCAUCAAUGGUCAGAACAAAUUUAAGAAGGACUGAAGGUAUUCGUCGUCGUCGAGCUUAUACAAGAAAAAUGAAAAAUGAAAAUGAAAAAUUAUCUAAUGAAAUCAACGUAUUACGUAAACAAAAUUUGAAGUUGAAGAAAGCUUUGUCUCAACAACAUUCAGAAGAUAUUGAAAAAGAUGAUGAGACACCAACUGUGUCACCGACAAAGUUAUUUCUUAAAAAUGUUAGUCCACGAGCUAAAAAACGUGCAACUAAACGACUAAUUGAUAAAAAACAACAAUUACCACGUGGUUCUGUUUCCAAAUUUAGACUAAAAUUAGGUAUUAAUUUGUCGAAUGAUUACUCUUCUCAAUCUGAUAUAUCAUCAACUUUACAAAAAGAUAUUGAGGAAUUUCUUUGUCAAGAUGAUGUUACUAAACAAGCACCUGAUAAAAAAAAACAUGUAAAUGGAAAACAAAUUAGAUAUCUAUUAAAUCAUUUGUCUACUAUUCAUCAACGUUUUAUAAUGGAAUCUGGUCUUAACUGCCAUUAUUCAACAUUCACACGUUAUAUUCCUGAUCAUGUGCUGAAACCAAGUACUGAUGAUUGGGGUACUUGUUUAUGUAUUAUUUGUUUGAACCCACAGCUCAAACUUGAAAAGUUACAACGUUUGAAAUUUUUAUAUCCAGUUCUUAAGACAAUACUUCCUGAUGGUUUAGCUGAUAUAACCGAGUUAGUUACAGAUGAAAUCAAAACAAAAGAAUUUUUAGAUAAUUUGAUUAAACUUAAAGAUGAAAAAUUUAAUAUUACAUAUACUGAAUGGACAAAGAAAAAACAUUCUAAAUCUGAUGUACCUGUAUCAACAAAAACAACCCUUACAAUAUCUAUUUUUGAUUUUACAACGAAAUUUUUAAACGAAAUCAAUAAUUUAGUAUCACAUAUUGAUCGUGUACGUCAACAAUUUCGAGCUGCUAAACAAGCAAAGCAAGCUGCUACGGAACAGGAAGAUACAGUCGUAAUACAUUUAGAUUGGUCCGAAAACUUCAAACUGAAACAAUCAUCUUUUUUCCAGACAUAA